AUGGACGCGCCGGCCAUGCUCACGCGCAACCACGUCCCCGAGAACAUCGCCGCAGAGGAGGGCGGGCAGCAACAGAUGCACCGGGACGAGAAGCAGCACAAGCCGGUGCUCAAGAAGGUCAAGGACAAGGUGAAGAAGAUCAAGAACACCAUCGUCGGCCAUGGCCACGGCAACGGCAACGGCCACGGCCACGAUCACGAUCACGAGCAGGACACCGGUGGUAGCAACAGCACCGACGAGGACGAGGAGGAUGUGGCGAUGAGGGAAGCAGAGGUGGAGAAGGGCGGGUACCAGCAAGACGUCGAGGACAAGCCCAUCUUCACGGACUCCAGCCCCGAGCUGCACGGCGCACCCAUGUACGACUCGGAGAGGAUCCUAGCGGCGGCGAAAGAGGUGAAGCACAACGACGCUCCGGGGGUGCGGCUGGGUGACAUUGGCGGCCUGGCAGCGGCGCAUGGGGUGAAACGCGACGACGCCGCGGGGGAGCGGCUCGGCGACUUCGGCGGCCCAGCGUCGGCGAAGGAGGUGAAGCGCGACGACACCCAGGGGGUGCGGCCCGGCGACUUCGGCGGCCCGGCAGCGGCGCAUGAGGUGAAACGCGACGACGUCGCGGGGGAGCGGCUCGGCCACUUGGGCGGCCCGGCGUCGGCGAAGGAGGUGAAGCGCGACGACACCCAGGGGGUGCGGCUCGGCGAUCUCGGCGGCUCCGUCGUCGAGGACCCGGCCGCGCCGAACUCGAGGACGCCCAUGCCGCGAGGUGGCGAGGACAUCGGCACCACGGGCGUCGUCCGUGACUUCGAGGCGAUGACCGUGUCAGACGACCCCAAGAAAGUCGACGUGAGCAAAGAGUAUGAGGCAAUGCCGGUGUCGGACGGCACCGGCGAGGAAUGGAACGACGCACCCACGGACGCCGAGUACACCGGGAGCUACACGGACAGGCUCAAGAACACGGCGGCUGGCACGACAGAGUACGGCAAAAAGCUGGCGAGCACGGUGUAUGAGAAGGUCGCCGGCGUCGGCACGGUCGUGGCGAGCAAGGCGCAGCAGGUCACCCCCGGCUUCGGCGCUGGCGGGAACGCGCAGGACGACUCCAGCGCAACUGCCGCCCCUGGAUCGAUGACCGCAGGUGCCGGGAAGAGGGACGUAGACUUGCCGAAAGAGGGAACGCCGGCGUCGUUCACCGGCUCGGAGGGACUGAAGAACGCGGCCACGGACGCGACGGGCACGGAGAGGCUGAAGGACGCGGCCACGGACGCGACAGGCACGGCGGGGCUGAAGAACGCGGCCACGGACGCGACGACGGAGGCCGCGCCUGGCGCGACGUACACCGACAAGAUCAUGUCCGCGGCGGCGGGCACCACGGAGUACGGCAAGAAACUGGCGAGCACGGUGUACGAGAAGGUCGCCGGCGUGGGAACGGCCGUGGCGAGCAAGGCGCAGCAGGUGACACAAUCCACCCCUGGCGUCGGCGCGCAGGACGGCGCCACCACCACUGCGACGGCCACCCCAGGCAUCGGUGCGCAGGACGGCGCCACCACCAGGGCGACGGCCACCCCUGGCGCGGGUGGGCCGGGGAACGGGCAGGACAAGGGGGUGACCGGCGUGACAGCCUACAUCGCCGAGAAGCUGCGCCCAGGCGACGAGGAGCGCUCCCUGAGCGAGGCCAUCACCGGCGCCGUGCAGCAGCGCAAGGAGGGGGUCGGGAGCACGGUGGCCAAGGCGCGCGAGGUCCCGGCACAGGCGGUGACCAGGGCGCGCGGCGCCGUCACGUCGCUCACCGGCGGGAACCGCGUCUCGGAGACCGUGCAGCCCACCACAGAGGGGAACAUCGGGGAGGGCGUCGCGGCGGAGGGGCCGGUGCUUCACGGCGAGGCUCCGAGGACCAACACGAAUGUGAUCUGA